CGGCUCGAUCUUCAGUGUUGACAUCGACACCAACAGAGUAAGACUACGUUUGUGCUGCGUUCUUGUACAGUGAAGGUGCUUGGUAUUUCCUCCCGGCUACUAUGGCUGAUAAUAAUAUUGUAAUUUUAUCUGCUGUACGGACUCCCAUUGGGAAAUUCUGUGGUGGCUUGGGAGAUAUGAAGGCUUCAGACCUUGGAAGUAUAGUCAUUAAGGAAGCGUUGGACAGGGCAAAAAUUCCACCAAAAGAUGUAUCAGAAGUCAUUUUAGGACAGGUACUAACAGCAGGACAAGGACAAAACCCAGCAAGACAAGCUGCUGUGGGAGCAGAUCUGCCUUAUGAAGUACCAGCAUCUUUAGUAAAUAUGCUUUGUGGUUCAGGACUAAAAUCUGUUGCUUUAGGGUAUCAGGCCAUAAAGCUAGGUGAAGCAGAUGUGGUUGUUUGUGGUGGUCAGGAAAGUAUGACUCAGGCCCAUCAUGCUGUGAAAUUGCGGCAGAAAACGAUGGGGAAUGUUGAUAUGGUCGAUACUAUGCUUAUUGAUGGGCUUGUUGAUGCCUUCCACAACUGUCAUAUGGGAAUCACUGCGGAAAAUGUAGCAAAGCGAUGGAAUGUUUCAAGAGAAGAACAAGACAGAUUUGCUGUGUUAAGCCAACAAAAGACAGCUAGUGCUCAGAAGGAUCAGUGUUUCAAGGAGGAACUUGUCCCCGUUUUGAACCUGAAAGUGCCUCUUCAAGCAGAUGAAUUUCCUAGAAAUGAUACGUCUUUAGAUGGGCUGAAAAAAUUGAAACCAUGUUUUCUGAAAGAUGGGACUGGGACUGUAACUGCUGGUAAUGCAUCAGGGUUGAAUGAUGGUGCAGCAGCACUGGUUUUAACAACGGAAAAAGAAGCCAAAGCCAGGGAACUGAAGCCACUAGCUAGGAUUGUGGCUUGGGCUCAGACAGGAGUUGACCCAGCCGUUAUGGGAAUUGGACCUGUGUCUGCUGUUAAAAAGGUGCUUAGUAAAGUUGGCUGGUCAGUAGAAGAUGUUGAUUUGUGGGAGUUAAAUGAAGCAUUUGCAGCACAAAGUUUGGCAGUUUUGAGGGAACUUGGUCUUGAUAAGGACAAAGUUAAUGUAAAUGGUGGAGCUAUUGCCCUAGGACAUCCAAUUGGUGCAUCCGGUGCAAGAAUUUUGGUGACUUUAUUGCAUGCAAUGAAGCGGCUUGAGAAGAAGCGUGGUGUUGCUGCUCUCUGUGUUGGGGGCGGCAUGGGAAUCGCUCUUUGCGUAGAGCGGUCUUAAGUCAUAUUACAUGCUAUUUUACAUUUAUUGUUGAACGGAUUAAAUAUUUUAAAGGUUGUUAUAGGUAUUGUUGAUUAGAUAGAUUUAUUUGAUAUGGCCUGAUUUAAAGAUGCUAAAUUUUAUUCUUUUUCUUUUGAAAUUUUAAUCUUUUCUUUUGAUCCUGUUUAGUUUAUUAGCUCAAAUUAGUGCCUUUAUUAGGAAAGGAUUACUAGGUUGUUUAGAGUUUCAUUCCAUUUGGUCAGUAAGUUAAUUUUUAAGAAUAAUAUAAACAGAAAAAUGUAUAUUUUUGUAGGAUAUGAUGCCUUACAUGCAUUUUUGUGAAUGCAUUCGUGAUAUUAUGUAUAUCUGCAGAGUCAUCUGCUUUUACAUUAAUAUAGUGCUGAAAAGGCUGUUCAUAGUCCACUAUAUAUAGGUCUUAAAUAUUAGGUGUUGUUGAUUUUAGAAAGAUGCUAUAAUUUGGUUUAUGACAAAUUUGAUUAACAAAUUCAUUAUAAGAGAAGGCUGAAGCUUUAAUGAAUGAUCAAGACCCGGUCAGUUUUAAUAAUAAUUAAAUAUGGUGCAUAGUAAAAGAUGUUUUAUCUCAGAGAAAUUGCUUUGUAGAUGGAAGUGUUAGCAAGUUAGAGAAAAAAAUAUGAUAGAAGAUUAAUAUAUAAAUAUGUAGAUUCUCUUCUAGUAAGAUAAUAUACACUUAUAGGAAAGAAAAUCAAUAAUCAUUUUGCUUUGAUGCAUAAUUCAUUUGAUAAUAGAAGCACAAAAUGUUUGGGCAUAACUGACAGCAACUAUGUAUGAAUUUUCUAUACUAUUUGUGAAUUGUUUAUUUGGUGUAUGGUAGAUAUAAAUCUCCAUAUGCAUUUUGUUCAGAUCUGAAUAUGUUAUUUCAGGUAGGUGAUCAACUUCAAUUAUUUGUUCUACCAGUUUUCCAUUAUUUUUUAUCAUCAUGAUUGUUGAUUUGCUACUAUUGUGGUAUAGACAAUAUUGUUGUGUCUUGUAAAUGAUGCUUAGUUUUACAAGUCAUUUCAAAUUAUGCCAUUUUUUGGUAAUGUUAACAUUUUUGGUAAUUAUGAUUCUUAUUUUGUUACGGACUGGAGAUCUGUCUUCCACUUCUUAAGCAGGUGUUUGGUGAUCUGAUUUUGUGUGUAAUUGAUUCUAUUAUGAUUUUCAGGGGUUUACAGGAUAUUUGAAAUAGGUUUUACUUUUAGGUUUUUAGAAUUCUCAUUUUACAAUAUGUAGUGUCUUCAUGGACACAUUCCCCCAUAUGCAUUUGUUUAGGAUUUUGUUUUGUUUCGUGCGUGUGCUUUUGUGUGUGUGUGUGUGUGUGUGUGUGUGUGUGUGUGUGUGUGUGUGUGUGUGUGUGUGUGUGUGUGUGUGUUGUGUGUGU